AUGGACGAUCUCCGCUUCCUAAUCGAGGGGAUCCUGCGUACACAGCGCGCCCUGCUCAUAGCAAUCUUCAUGUCGCCUAGAGAUGCGCUGGAUCACAUAGAGAGCAUAUCGUUCAAGAACCCGUCACGCACCCGGACGCCGGAAACUGCGGGAUUGGUCGCCGCAGCCGAGCUUACCAAAAUGAUCGCGGGUCAUCUCCUAGCCAUAUCGAUAUGGUCUAACGUCCUCGACCGGCUAGAUCACCUGGACUGGGACGAUGAGCGAACGCUUUUGAAUCUUGCGAUCGAUCCGAGCUUCGCGACGCGGGAACCAGACAUUCCGCUGUGCGGGCUGAUGGCGGAGCUCGGCACACUGGCUACCAAGAGUGAGACUUACUUGGAUAGUAUCUAUGAUGAAUGGUGGUAUCAGCCGCCGGAGGUGAAGAUGCAUCUCAUACAUGAGAAACCAAGUCGACUGGACAAUCACAACGUCACAAAGGUGAUGAUGAAAGCAGUCGGGCAUCACGCGAUGAUAGAACUCGUCAACUUUACACUCCGCGAUAAUAUCCUAGAGAAGGCCUCUGCGUACCCCAGCUGGACGACAUUCCGGCAGAACCCAAAACAUUUACAGCCUACGUCCAUCACAAAAUCACUCGAGCAUCAACAACGACUCGAUGACCUAAAGGAACGGUGCUGGCGUCGCAGACACCUGGGCGAAGGGUGGUUCCAGCGCAAGAUCGGCGGUCUCCAUUGGGCGCAUUACAUCCGCGUCGACCCUCGGAACAUGAAAUUGGAGCUCGAUGGCGAACGACUACGUGUAUGUCUCGAGUACAUUGCCUGCCGCUGUUUCGGGAAGAGCAUCACACAGCUGGACGAUCCGCGCGAUAAGCAGUGCAUGCUUAUCUCGGGUUUCGAGGCCGAUGUGGAGCUCGCGGAGGACUGCGCCACAGUCUGGGCCGCCAUGCACUCGGAGGCUACCAAUUCUGCCGCCAGGCCGCUGUUCAAGCCUAGCCCGAGCUGGUAUGUCGCGAGCGGGAAGACGGGGGAUACGCCAAGCGCUUCCACAGCGGAGCCUUUACAGUCGACACGUCUGGCGCAGAGUGCCCGCGCAUACCUUCGCGACAAUCCGGCGCUCUUCAGACAGCCUGCACGGACGCCUGUAGUCGCCGAGCCCGGCCCCUCGCAGGAUAGCGAGACGGUCGUCCUAGAAAAUUCCGCGUUUCCUAGUCGACAACAAGCAGCAGAAGGUCAUCGAACGGCUAUUCGGCCAACGGGAAGGUUCCGUCAGAUGGUCAGAAUUGACAAAUCUCUUCAAGCGUAUCGCAUCGAGGUUAUGGGCGGAUCUGCCCAUCACAUCACUCAGAUCGCACCAGGCGGAAAGCCGAUCCUUCUCUACAGGCCGCGAGUCGGAGACGCCUACAGCAUGGAGCAGGCGCGGGCUGUUGGCGAUCAGUUGGAAUCUACGUUCGGUUGGACUGCCGAGUGCUUCGUUAGGGAUACCGCAGAACUGCCUCAGCUCAGCGAGCUGAUCUGGGAGAUCGAGAAGCACGUCAUCUAUGAUCCGAAGAAGCGAUACGGCAACUGGUCUGGUCACCCCAUCUUCCCAGACGAAGACUUCGAUCCCUGGACACAGGCGCAGUGGGAUAGAUACGACAACUUCAUCAAAGCUGGCAGCGAUAACGGCUUCCUACCUAUCCCAAAGCAGACGAAUGCCGAUCCACCGUCGGCGGUCGAUCAUGAGUCACCGCCCUUCUCCCCUUUGGCUAUGUCUGCAGCUCUCGAUAUCUGCGGAUACAAAAGACCACCAACUCAGCCGCAAGACUUCGUUGUCCUCGCCCAAGCCCUCGCCGACUCUGCCAAAUCCGAUCUCGACGCGUUCUUCGCUUCGCCAGGUGGUACACUGGAGCACGUGGAGCGCCAUGCUUUGGGCAGCCGGGGCAAAGUGGGAACGCUGAAAGAAGCCGGCGUGACGGCGGCUCACGCUGUGAAACAAGCCAUACAGACCCACCUUAUGGCGAUGAUGACCUGGUUCAACGUACUCGAUCAGCUCAAGCUCGUCGACUGGAACGAUCAACGGGUCAUCAUGAACCUAGCCAGCGACCCCAACUUUGCUCAGCACGAAAACACGAUUCCGCUUUGCCUCAUCAUGCUUCAGGUAGAAGGCCACGAGGCGACGUCAGCGAUGUUCCUACGUUACCUCUUCCAGCAGUGGUGGGACAAGGGCGAUAGCUCCCCCAUAACGUCUCCUUCACACUUUCACAAGUGCCUGAAGGCAAACUUGAAGCGGCCUGAGCGGGAGCUUCAAGCAAGGAGUUUGGACCGCACGUCGAAGUUCGAGCGGGCGGUCGUACGAGUCUGCCGCCCAAGUCUGCACGCUGCCGUCCCGUUCCAUAUCAGCCUCCUCGAUAUGGAGCAGCUACUGCUUGAGAAGCCCACGCGUUCUCAUCAGCUAUCGGAGGCGCUCAUGAAAGGCAUCGGGUAUCAGGCAAUGGUCGUCCAGCUACACCACCUUCUUCGGACGUACAUCUGCGAACGAGCCGCUGCUUGCCCGGGCUGGGACACCUACAGUCUCGACAAGCAGUGGGGCAAGGGCGAAGCGGAUUCCCGGACCAACAAGCCGGAUACGCCCGAAAAGAUAGUCGAACACCUCCAAUGGGCUAACGCACGAGCUCAACGGAGCUUCCGCGACGAGCGGAUGUUAUGGUUCAUGUCGUCCGGAACCGGGGCGAUCAAUUGGGCGCACUACAUCAGCUUCGACUCCACGCUGCGGAUCCCGACGCUGUUCGGCCUCAAACUACGGACGCUUCUCGACGCCAUCACCUCCAUCACUUUCGACUGCUCAUUCAUCGACAUGAUGGAGAAGGAUGAGGAGACGUCCUGGAGCGACUCUGCGUUUGACGCGCUACUCGACCAGGACGACUGGGACAUGGAGGAGGAUCUCUGGGCUGUGCUGGACGUCGCCGAGAGGGAGGGCGGAUUCCGGCUCAGCGACCUUGAUUGUAUAUUCAAGCCGGAGAAACCGACGGCGGCAGCUAGGCGUCCUGCUGCAUCCGCUGCCAGCCUUGCGGACCGGCUGUCUUCUAUCUCACUGGCUCAGAGCGGCCACGCCUACCGCCGGGACAAUCCAGCUCGGCAGUCUACGGACCGCAAGGUCAGCAACGCCUCGUCCAGCGUCACGCUCGUCGGCGAGGGUGAGGCCGAGAAGCCCAUUCUCUUCAAGGUCAACAACAAGCAGCUCAAGCUCGCGGAGAGGAUUUUCGGGAAACGGGCGGGAAAGAUCAGCUGGACGGGCCUAGUCAAUCUGUUUAAACGUCUUGGUUUCUGGAUCAAGGGGAUGGGAGGCUCGGCGCACCAUCUGACGCCCGUCAAUGCGACCGGGAAGUCGAUAAUCCUCUACAGGCCGCAUCCAGUCUCAGAAUUCACUUCCGAGCAGGCCGCUGCUCUCGGUCAUCGUCUCGCCAUUACUUUCGGCUGGACCAUCGACAAUUUCGGGCGCCAGGCUGAAGAAAUCAUCCCGGACAGGGUCCGAGACCGUAACGCCAAAGCAAACGCCAUGCCAUCAUCGUUCACGUUCGACAGGCUCGAGGGGUUCAUCGGGGAGUGGUUGGAAGGUCAAUUGCUAAAUUUGGAAGGCUCAACAUGCAUCAGAUUGUAUAUCUACGCUCUUGCUUUCAAGCACGCACAAGCAGCUCGGCGCUCACCUCGACAGUCUCAGCACAUCGCCGAGGCCGAAGUCCGCCUUUACGGCAUGGCGCGUCACACCGCUGAACUUAAUCAAUCGCAUUUCAGCUGGCCCUCUCACACCCCUCGACAAGUCCUCUGUGGCCACGGAGUUGAUCGCCGUGGUCUCGACCAGACGUCUACAAUCAUCCGCAAGCAUCUCCGGACUUUAAUCUGGUAUCAAUCAUCCGCAGUAAUGUCGAAAUCAGAAUAUCUAAGCGGCCUGCCCGCGCUCAGCGACAUCAUCACAGAGGUUGAGCGAAAGAUCGCCAGAAAUACGGAUGGCGAAUACCCAGUAUGGGACCAUACUACCCAGUACUCUGCCCGUUAUGAACCCGGCGGAGCUACUCAGGGCUACUACGCCAAUUUCAACAACUUCAUCAGUGCCGGGCGCAAAUAUGGAUUCCUACCAUGUCGAUGCUGCGCCAUCAAGGUCCAGGACUCGUCCCCGAAUGCCACGGGAAAGCUUGCUGGUUAUUCGCCCUUAGCGAUGAGAGCCGCGCUCGAUAUAUGUGGCUACGAAGGGGAGAUAGAAACGCUGGACGACUUCCGCCUGCUGGCUCAGGCGAGCGUCGAAGCGGCAAAAGCCGACCUUACCGCGCUGUUUGAGGACGCAGCCUCUUCGAGCUCCAUGUUGAAACUUGUGGGACAUGACAUUGGCCUCCGCAGGUCGAAGGCAAAGGUGGAAAUCGUUACAUCUCGCGGCGAAGCAGCCGCCCAGAUCGUUCGCCAAGCCAUCGAAUCUCGACUGCUCGCCAUCUCCGUAUGGUCCACGAUACUCGAACGACUCGAUCAGGUCGACUGGACCAACCAGAGACAAAUGUCCGACUUGUACUCUGAAUGGUGGUUCAAGAACGAGCAGCCACCCGUCAUUAAACCGACUAUGUUGCAUCGAGCUCUGAGGGCAUCCACACCGGGGGCAUCGGACCGUCAGCUUCAAAUGAAAAGUCUCGACGCAACAUCCCGCUUUGAACGGGCAGUCACCUGUGUCUGUCUUCCAAGUCUUCACCCAAUCGUCCCUUUCCAGUUCAGCAUUCUCGACCUGGAGCAGCUACUCAUCGAGAAGCCGACUCGGUCUCAGCAGCUGGCUGAACCGCUGGUCAAAGCUAUCGGAUACCACGCCUUGCUCGUUCAGGCGCACCAUAUGCUGCGGACGCUUGUGUGGCGGAAGGGCAAAGAGUUCCAUGACCUCGACGACGGGUACGAGGCGAACUGCUGCGUCCACGAUGACGAGUGUGCGCCCGCCCUGGACUCCGACUCUGACGACAGCGAAACCGAGGACCCUUCGGACGCGCGCGCGCGGAGAUACGCGUCACAAUACACCAAGCCGCAUCGCGUAUUCCGGGAUGAGCGGCGGCUCAAUUGCUCUUUAUAUUUCGGCACCAUCAAUUGGGCCGACUACAUCGACAUUCAUCCGGACUCCUUAUCCAUCACACUCAGAGGUCACGCCCUUCGAGGGUACCUCGACGGCCUCGCUAAGCGGCAUUAUUACUGCGCUUUCGCAGACAUACUGGACCGGGACGCGUCAGCGAAGUCGACGGAGCGGAGGCUGAGGUCUGCGUCGGGUGCUCGUGCCAUCCAGACCAAGCGGAUAGAGACGAUGCGGAAGCUGGCUUAUCGGCUGGCGUACGAUGAUUUCAAAUGUCGCUACCAACCCCCUCUCGGUCCGCUGCUGCAGAUAUCGCCUCCUCUCAUCUCGCCCAGCGCCUUGGCCACCCAGCUCUCGUCAACCUCCCUUUCCCAGAGCGGCCAUGCCUAUCUCCGAGACAACCCAGCCAAUGUCAGGUCGACUCGAGAAGGCGAGAACAGUUUGCCCGUAUCUGCCGCUCUUCGGCUCGAACCUCCGCUUCCAAGGUCGCCGAUCUUCAUCGUCAAUAGCAAGCAAUUGAAGCUGGCGGAGAGGUUGUUUGGAAAGAGGGAGGGGAAAGUCGGAUGGGAUUCUCUUGUGAAUCUGUUCGAGAGGAUUGGUUUCCGUGUGAAGGGUAUGGGCGGUUCCGCUUUCUACCUUACCCCUCUUGCCGAGGACGGAAAAUCUAUCAUAUUGUACAGGCCACACCCCAUCCCCGAUUUGACUACGGAGCAGGCGCGCACAGUCGGUCUUCGGCUGGAAACUACAUUCUCUUGGUCCAUGGACAUGUUUGGCAGAAAGCCAGAGUCGGGAUCUCUGGAGGAGCAGAUUGCUUGA